UAGCCACGCCUUUCUUUUUGAGCUACCCACGUGGCAUUGUUUACGUUUAUAGCUGUCGACCUCCUACGGUGAUGGGUGUACGGGAGCUAUGGACGGUGCUGGCUCCUGUCAAAGAAGAGCUACCCCUCUCCUCACUAGCAGGAAAAAAAAUUGCCGUGGAUCUAAGCGGCUGGGUCUGUCAAGCUAGCUCCAUUCCAAGUCUGAAGCCACACCUACGUCAUGUGUUUGUGCGGGUGUUGCGUCUCUGCCGUGAGGGAGUACGGUUGGUGGUGGUCCUGGACGGGGAAGCCAUACCACUCAAGUGGGCCGCCAUGGAUACCAGAGCUCGAGCUAUGGGACGAGGGGGCAGACAAAGAACAACAGGACAGCGAUCCAUUUUCAAUAGGCUCAUUAAAGAAUGUAAGGAUCUGCUGGAUCUGCUGGGGGUCCCCUACUUGCAGAGUGUGGGGGAGGCGGAGGCCCUCUGUGGCUUGCUCAACAAAGAGGGGCUAGUGGACGGAGUGCUGACUCAGGAUGGAGAUGCCUUCCUGUACGGAGCCACUGUUGUCUACAAGGAUCUCAGUGUUACCGACUCCACUGUGGACUGCUACACUGCAUCUCGUAUGGAGACAGAGCUUGGACUGACCAGAAGGGACCUCGUCUCUCUUGCCCUCCUCAUCGGCUGUGAUUACUGCCCUCAGGGUGUGCCUGGAGUGGGUCAAGCAGCUGCUCUCAAGUUCAUCGCCUCCGGCAAACCACACGACAGUCUUGAUGUUUUGAGGAAGUUUUCCGGCUCCAAUGAGGGGUCAGAGGGUAAAGUUCAAAGACUGUCAAGGGGCGUACCUGGCUUUCCUAAUGAAGACAUCAUCAAAGAGUUCAUGGUGUCCAGAGACAGAUUACCCUCUGGAGACCAUCUCUCAUGGCUAAUACCACUAGUCCAAGACAUUCAGCUUUUUUUUAAGAGGCAAUUGGAAUGGCCAGUGGAGAGCACUUGUACAAAGGCCCGUGUGCUAUUGACUCGUUGGGUCAUGAGCAGGAAGAGCUCUGAUCUCGAGAUGAAGACAAGAAACGGACAAAAAUGCUCCAUUCAUCCAACUUGCAUUAUCAAAGAGAGGAGAGAGAAGAAAGUUGCCUGCUUUGAAGUCAAGUGGAAUGCACAACACAGACUGGCUGGGAAUGUGGAGGAAUUUUGUGAUGACCUCACUACCGUAGAGUUUAAUACCAUCGAGAAGGCACAGAUAUUUGAAAGUGCGUAUCCUGAAGUCUGUGAGAGCUUUGAGCUAGCAAAACUUGAGAAACAGAAAGCCAAAAAAAAAGGAAAAUCGAAAGGCAAAAAACCAACCCCACUGGAAAGCCCCUCGAAAUUAUCUCAGUCUAUCCUUGAAGAUCAGUUCUCCCCCAAAAGCGAAAACAUGAAGCCAUUGACCUCAGAUGAACUUACUGCAAGUCACAGUAUCAAUUCCAAAUCCGAACAUUCUCCUACGCUGAUAUCUCUUACUCAUAGAGAGCCCUCACUUUGUACACCUUCAACACCCCCACAGUCAACAGCCAGUAGUUCAGUAACCGCACCCUCCCUCCUCUCACACCCCAUGUCAGUCAUCCAGGUGGACUCCUCAGACAGCGAUGAUGAACCCUCACUCACAGAGAGAUUACAACUCCACAAACACAAGCAUCAACAAGUAACACAUACAACUGUUCCGUUGGACACCACCCUUUCAGCUACUCGAUCAUCACCUAUCCUCUCAAGCACUUCCAUUCCAGAGAAUUAUCUACCCACUCAGUUCCAAACCAGAUGCAGUUCAGAUGAAGAAGAGUUACCAUUGUUUUCAAGACUAAGAAAAAGCCCUAUUAAAGUGUCUGAAACUGCUCCCACUGUUACUGCAAAAGCUCAGGUACAGCUGGACUCUUAUUUUCACCAGAAGAAAUCUACUACACAGUCAAAGAAAAAGUCUAGGCCUAAUGGUGGCUCGAAAGACGAACCUAUCCUCAUUGACUGACUGUAUAACUUUGUUUUCUAUACCCUUUUGCCUCGUAUUCUGUAGAAUAGCUUUAUUAUCACACCACGUUUUAUUUUAUGCAACUGUUAUAAUGUUUUAAAAAACUUAUAAAA